AAACGUCAAAAAUAAAUCUGCGAAGCAGAUGGCCUGCAAAAGUGAAUAACAUUCGCGAAAUACUAUUAAAAGUCAGUGAGAAAUGUUUCAAAGAAACCUGCUACAACUGUCCCGUCUAGUCAAAGUUCAUAACCCGCAGGUUUGUUCGCUGGCGGCAGCCUUCGUGCGUCGCUAUUCCUUCAAUCAAAAUGGGCAACAUUUGUGGCUCCGUCAACAGCGCGAACAUGUCAGCAAUGCCGGUAGUGGUUCCGCUCGCUUUCUGCAUCUGUCCGCCUUAGUGACUGCUCAAAGCGGUAGCGAUUCGAAGGGUAGUGUUCAAGCAGCUGCCCCGCAGCUAUUAUCCAAAUUGUUCCCCCAAACCGCAGUGGAAGAUGAAGCAGCCGAGCGGGUUCAGGAACAAAAACGCAAGGAAGAGGAGGAAGCUAAAAAGGAAAAGGAAUCAUCCUGGAAACGAAUGAAGCUAGGUUUCGUCAUUUUCGGUGCAUCAGUGACAGCUUUCUCGAUUUAUACAGUGUUCAUAUUUGGCGCUCCGGAUCGAGAUCCGGAAGGUAACUACGUAGAAGACGAGUUCAGUCAACUACCAACCGUUCAGCAAUACUUUAAACGUCUCUGGAAGUCAAUGACAUACUACCAGAAGAUGAUCCAGGAGCCAUCCCGUGAAAAGCUGCUUCCUGACCCGCUCAAAUACCCCUACAUCCAGCCACCAUACACACUGGUGCUGGAAAUGAAGGACGUUCUUGUACAUCCCGACUGGACCUAUCAGACUGGUUGGCGUUUCAAAAAGCGCCCGGGAAUCGAUCAGUUUCUGGAGUCACUGGCAAGACAUUUCGAAAUUGUUAUUUUUACCGCUGACCAGGGAAUGACUGUUUUCCCAAUCCUGGACGCUCUCGAUCCGAACGGUUACAUCAUGUACCGGUUAGUCCGUGAUGCAACACACUUCGUAGACGGACAUCACGUUAAAAAUCUGGACAACUUGAACCGUGACCUCAACAGGGUAGUCGUAGUCGAUUGGGAUCCAAACUCAACGAAACUUCAUCCGGAAAAUACGUUCAAUAUUCCUCGCUGGAGUGGAAACGAUGACGACACGACACUGUUUGAUUUAAUGUCAUUCCUGAUGACGAUUGCCACCAGCGAAGUUGAUGAUGUGCGGGAGGUGAUGACCUAUUACAAACAGUUUCCGAAUCCGUUGAUGCAGUUCCGCGAAAAUCAGCGACGACUGGCCGAACAGCUGGCGGAGAAGGAACAAGAGGAUAAGCAGCGAGGAAAACCGGCUGUGCAAAAGUGGAGACCGAGUUUUCUUGGCGGGGGACGUUAGAUCGUGCGCCCUAGUGUAGAAUUUAGGUUGUUAUAUACUUUCAGUAUAAGAUUCCAAAACUUGCGACCAUUUGGACCCGAUCAUCAGUUGUCGGCUAUUGUGGCUUUGAAAGGUAGCAUUUUUUCAUCAUUUAGCAAGCUGGCUGAUCAGUGACCACAAAUGUGCCGAAGUAAAUCGAUGCAAAUGGAUUUCA